CAGCCCCCUCCCUUCUCUCUCUCUCCCUCUCUCUCCCGUUCCCCCACCUCUUUCUCUGUCUUUCUCUCCUAUCCUAACCAACAUGGCCGCUAAGUCGGAUGGAGCAGCGGUGUCUGUGGAAGAUGACAACACGCCCAGAAGCCUCUCGGAGCCGGGGAACCCCGCCGCCCGGCCCCGCUGCACCGCCGCCGGCGGGAAACCCUACACCCUGCUGGACUGCUGCUGGGUGCUCUGCGCCCUGCUCGUCUUUUUCUCCGACGGCGCGACCGACCUGUGGCUGGCCGCCGACUACUACCUGAGAGGCGACUACUGGUGGUUCGGCUUGACGCUCGUCUUCGUCGUGGUGCCCUCCGCUGUCGUCCAGGUAUUGAGUUUCAGGUGGUUCGUGUAUGACUACUCGGAUCUGAGCGGCGGGGACGGAGCAGCGAGCGGCAGCGGGACCGGCGCGGGAGCGGCAGGCGCGGCAGGCGGAGCAGCCACGGCGGGCGACAACACUUUAAGCACCAAGGACAGCGACCAGCGCGGUGGGAGCGCGGCGGUGGGGAACGCCGCGAAUGUUACCCCGGUUUACACGUCCUCUGCCCCGCCUGCGACGACAGGGAGAGUCGCCCCCCCCCGGAGGUGCUGCACCGUCUGCAUGUGGGUCUUUCAAACCGUGCUUCACGUCCUGCAGCUGGGGCAAGUCUGGAGGUAUAUCCACGCCCUGUACCUGGGCGCCCAGAGCCGUUGGCACGGCAACGGGCCCCGCCGCCACUUCCACUGGCGGCUGAUGUUUGAGAGCGCUGACAUCACCAUGCUCCGUCUCCUGGAGGCCUUCCUUAAGUCGGCACCGCAGCUCGUCCUCCAGCUGAGCAUCAUGAUCCACGGAAACACCGUCCUCCCUCUGCAAGGUCUCUCGGCCUCUGCCUCCCUGGUCUCUCUGGCCUGGAUGAUCGCCUCCUACCAGAAGGUUCUCCGGGACUCCCGCGACGACAAGCUGCCCAUGUCCUACAAGGCUGUGAUCGCCCAGAUGCUGUGGCACUUCUUCACCAUCGGGGCGAGGACCGUGGCCUUCGCCCUCUUCGCCUCCGUCUUCCAGCUCUACUUUGGCAUAUUCAUCGUCAGCCACUGGUGUGUCAUGACCUUCUGGAUCAUCCAAGGUGAGACCGACUUUUGCAUGUCCAAGUGGGAGGAGAUCAUCUACAACAUGGUGGUGGGCAUCAUCUACAUCUUCUGCUGGUUCAAUGUCAAGGAGGGUCCCAGCCGUUUCCGCAUGACCGUCUACUAUUCCGUGACACUGGCUGAGAACGUGGCACUGACCGCCGCCUGGUACACCUACCGCGGCCCCGUCACCACCGACUCCUACGCCCUGGUUGUGGUGUGCCUGGUGGCCUGCAGCUUUGCCCUGGGAACCUUCUUCAUGUUGGUGUACUACUGCUGGCUGCACCCUGAUGGGCCCGUUCUGGGCUCACAGUGGGGAGGGUGUGUGGAUGAGGGUGUGGUGGGUGCAGGAGGGGUGGCGGGAGUGAUAGAUGCCUGCCUCACCCCGUCACAGGGGUCCCAAACAGACAUGGUUAUUACCAGCCCUCCGAGGACCCUCCCCAGGACUAAAGACACAGGGGAGCCAGUUCCCGGGGAGAGAGACAGGGACAAGGAGAGAGACAGGGACAGUUGCCUGCCUGUCUUCCAGGUACGUCCUUCCCCUUCCUCCUCUCCUGCACUCCUCCACAGGACCUCCUCCUCAUCCCGCGCACAGGAGGGCCCAGUGAUCCGGAUUGACCUCCCAAGAAAGCGAUACCCAGCUUGGGAUGCGCACUUUAUCGAUCGGCGCCUCCGCAAGACCAUCCUGCUUCUGGAGACGUCGUCAGCUGUCAGCCCCCGGAUACAGUACAGGAGUAGCAUGAUGGGCAGCAAAGAGGUAUUAGAAUAUGAGACAACUGUCUAAGCCAACAGGGGCUCUUAAACUUAAAAAAUGCAGUCUGGGACCAAGGCUCAGCCUGAGAUCAGUUCUCAUCCCAGGACUACCUUCGCCAGGAGAAGCAUGAAAAGGAGACAGGAGUGUCAGACAGCUCCUUUUAAAAAAAAAAAAGAGGUUGUCAGAACUUGAUUGUAAAAUGUGAAGCGCAAUCUGGGACCAAGGCUCUCCCCUUAGGACACAGUCCGGGAGUAAGUAGCAUGAAUGAGCCGUGGGAAGUUAAUGGAGUAACGCUGAACUGGGAUAAUCUUCAUCUUUUCUAAAAGCUUGGAGGUGAGAAAUUUAAUCUCUCACCCAGGGACCAAGGAGUGUUAGAUUUAGUUUCAUCAUGUACGGUCAGUACAAGAAGUAAAAGGACUUGAGAGCAAUGAAGUUGCCGAGUUUGAGAUAACUGAGAAACAGUCUGCUGCAUGAACUUGAGCCUUGGACCCCGGAGACUCAACAGAGACUUACCAGGGAACAUUUAGAGACUGGUUGCUAGAGUUUGCACGGGACAUGCAAUCAUUUUGGUUUGGCAGCAAAAUUAAGACUGAUUGAUCCAAUAAAUAUUAAUAAUUUGCACAUCAAAAGAUGCCAAAGAUCUACCUUAAAACUGGGCUAAAUUUGGUUGAAAAUUGUUGUCUUUUUUUUUUUUUUUUUUUUGGUUGUUUUGUUUUUAGAAAUCUAGGUUACAUACAGUAUAAUAGGAUAGAUAUGUUGUUAAACAACACUUUAAUGAGUAUAUUUCAGUGUGAAACAAGACAUAACCACAGGAUGAAUAAUUAAAAAAUAUAUAUGAAUGUGAAUGAAACAAUUGAUAUUUAAACAUAGAUGUUCACCCAAAUUUAGCCCAGUUUUAACCAGCUAGAUAUUUUUGACCUCCAAAUCACCAUUGCUAACUUGGUAUAUAAUGUAAGAAAUCUUUUUUUCUUUUUCCCCCAUUAUGCUUCCAAAAGAUUGCAUGUCCCUAACAACAUUUGGUAACCAUCCUCUAAGCAUUGUCAGUGGUGUCUUAAGAGAAAUAUAAUACUCUACUUUGGUCUCCAGUCUCAUGAGGACACAAGAAUCCAUCUAAUGUAGGCUCACGGCUCAGUCUAAGUCCAGAUGAUUUAUGAAACGUAGGCCUGAGAUACAAAUGAUAGCACUCAUCCAUCCAUAUGUGUUACAAAAGCAGCCAUAGCAAAAGUCCUACUGUUUACAUCCCUGCUACACUGUCACCCUCGACCCUGAGAAAAGACUUGUUUGGAAAACAUCUAUCAAGACUGGAUGUAAGGUGGAUGACUUUUGAAAUGGCUACCACCAUAUGGCAUGCUGUAAUUCACCACAAACAGGCCUAUGAUGUACAGUUGAAUAAAUACAGAUGUCAGAUAUAAGCUAUUAUAAUAAGCUGUAGUUAGGUGAUGAAUGAUGUUUGGGUGAAGAAGCUUCUUUUACUCUUAAGAGUCUAAAUUUCGUCCAGAGUUGUCCACGUUUUUUGAAUACAUAACAUAGGGGUAUGAAGGGUAUCAUGAGCAACCUCAUUAUGCUAUGAAAACAUUUUCCAGUAUUUAGUUUUUGGGGAGAACAGUGGCUGAAAAGAUAUGUUUUUAACCAUGUCAACAGACCUUAAAGAUUGCUCGAGGGGUUUGUUGGAAGGUGAAAACACUACACAAGAAACAAAGCUAAAAGAGAAGUGAUAACAAAAGCCAGCAAAAGAUGUAUAGUACUGUAACACUUUUGCAGGCUAGCUGGUGAGCAAUUGCUGCUGUUUCUUGUCACAAAUACAAUGUUGACAUGGGAUUGAACUUUUGGAAAGGCAGUGUUGUUUACGAAAUGAAACCAUGUACAGGCCUUUGAGUCAAAGCAGUUUUUGGUAGAUUCAGGUUCAGAUGAAUAAGUGGCAUCAUCACUAGACUGAAAAAAACACAUGGUAAGAACUGAUAAUAAACUACUGUUGUGAUGCCUGAUCAGUUACCAGCUUCAGAGGUUGAAGUUUAAACGUUGCACCUCCCAGGCAUGAAUGAUUGUUAAUAACAAUUAGAAGAAGCUGGAUGCUGAGAAAGUCAAGCAUGGUCAGCAACAGUACCUGAAGGAAGAACCGUUGAAAAAAGAAAAAAACACUAGCAUCAAAGAUAACUUUUGUCUUCACUCAUAUUACACAACAGAUUUCUCUUCAGUCUCUCUUUGAAGUUCUUUUCAAAGACUUUUCUCGUUGAAAGCCUUUAGGGUUACUCUGUGCAUUUAAGGUGAUCUCAUUUGUUGUGAUGAAGUGGGAGAUCUUUGAGUCCAUCCCCAGAAACACUUAAACCAGUGUUGUGAUUGUUUCAAUUGAAGACGCCAGAAGGUGUUAGCAUUGAUAGCAAUGCACUUGAAAGCAUUUCUCUAAAAAGAAAAAAAAAUUAAAUUCACUAUGUGACCCUGAUGCAUCUCAAAAAGCAUGUUCGUCAAAAUAUGUAGAAGAUAUGUUUGAGAUACUGUGCAGUGAGAAAGGUUCCCAGUUCAUGGUAUAGUUUAACUUGUUUGUUAUGCUUAGUAGCAGCAAGAGGAAGCUUUUUAUGUUACAACCCAACAAUCAUUUAGAAGAUGCCAAUGUUCAGGGUGUCACCAAUUCAUGGUUGACUGGCACAAGCACAAAAACAAAAUAUUAAGGCACAGUAAAACUCAAGGUAAACUGCUAUGAACUUGUGUCAAAAAAUACUUAGAUUCUAUGUUUGAUUCGAUGUUCAACAAGCUGAUGAACUGUCUCCACCCUGAUUGAUUGACAAAGACAAACAAUUCCCUCCUGCUGUUCUGGAUACUGCAACAAAAAUGUGUUCAUUGUUGCAGUAUCCAGAACAGUUUAAUCAUCACCUUUUGCUGAUGAUGCAUGUGUAUACUCUGAGGUGUUGAGGGAACUCCCAGGGGAGAAACUUCUGUCUCGUUUGUAUUUAAGGUCGAUGGAUAGAACAAUCACUAAGAGCAGUUUAUAUACUUACUUUACAACAAUGCGUUUUCAUAGAUAAGCAGCUGUGAUGCAAGCAGCAUUGUUCAGAUGCUUACCUAUGUCUGUUUGGAGAAUUAAAAAGUACCAGAGCACAGACCAGGGCCAAUUAUCCUGGCUGGCACCUGAGUAUCUUCAGAGAGGGUUUUUUGUAUCAGCAAAAAUUGUGGCCUGAUGUUGAUGCUAACGUAAAGGGUCAUUGACAUCCUUAAGAGGGUGGCCUCUCAGUUAACUGCAACGUCCACAGUUUGAUUGUAAGCCGAGGGACAUUUAUUUCAUAUCAUGCUGUCUCUCUUUAGACAGUCAACUGUCAAAUAAAGGUGUGAUGAUCACAAACAUCCACUGCAAAUUUUAUGGCGGUCAGGACAGUAGUUUGGUUAACUUGCUCUUGAGUCUGGAUCAAAGUCUUCACCAGUGUUACUCAGUGGUAAAUGUUGAGAUCGAGACACAAAAUGUUGCAGAUACAUCAUGUAAAUGCACGUAAAUGCAAACAUGUUCCAUUAGUUUGUCUUCAAAACUCUCUGCUGCUUUCGUCAUCCAAGAUGAUACUUCACCACCCACACUUUUCAUGUGUCCAUUUGCAUCUUGCAGAUGUGCUGUGUCAGUCUCUGAGAAUGUGAACAAAAAGCACUCUGAGGAUUCGCCGAAUACACUGAGUAGCCAUCAUGCACACUUGUGCGUUGUUAAAGGAAGUAUAUAAGCGCUCUCGCCCCAAUAAGGUUUGUGGUUGUAUGUGUGUCUUCUCUACAAGAAAAAUCAGGAAUACAAAUUAAAAAUAUACAUAUAUUGGUAAUAAUCCAGUUUUAUUAUCUGGACAGUGUUGUGUCCUACCUGAACUUGUGGAUGUUGGUAGCAGUGGUGACAGUCAUGGCGAAGUUAAUGGUGCUGAAAACAAAGACUCUUUGUCAAAUGUGAUCAUGUCAAACAUGAUCAGCCUGAAGGCUAAUGUACAGAUGAUGCAUACGUUAACCUCCCAGUUGUGGACAGAGGCGAGUCUUCGCUUUCUCUGAUGAACCAGUCCUUUGUCGUUGAGGUAAAAUAACAGUUAAAAGUGGUGCGCUGGUUAUAUAUUGACUUGAACAAAAACAUGUUAAAAAGUUAAACAGUGAGUUAAAAAACUCAAAUCAUCUUUUAUUAAUUGAUGCAAGUAUUUAUGUUUAUUUAUUUUUGUAUUUGUUUUAUAUCUAUUUAUCUAUUGUUUACUCACUCGGUGGCCAUGUCUUUGGUAUGACUCUUAUAUUAAGAUGUAAAAACUGAAAAUAGAUUUUUUUUUACUCAUUCUAUAUAUCUGUAUAUACCAGAGUGGCGCUAUACUAGGACGUGUGUGUGUGUGAGUAUGUGUGCUUUGGUUUGUAUGUAUUGUAUGUACAGUAUGUAUGUAAGGAUGUGCUCUAAGUUUUUUUGAUAAUGCUGCUUAAACAUCCUCUGAGUGAACGAGCAGAAAAAUAAACCAGUGGUGAAAAUAUCUAUGACGAUGUUAAAAAAAAAAAAGAACUCAACAAGCUGUGCUGAUAACUGUAGAUGGGAACAAUACUGUAGUAAACAUGGCUGAACAGCCAUCGAAAUAAA